UGGGUUUCAAGGAGACAUGGAGUUGGAUGUCAUCUGCAGAUGAUAAGCAACAUUAUAAGUUUUGAUGAUUAGUUCCAGGUGGUAGUAAGUAUAAAGAAAAUAAUAUUAUAUACUAUGUACUACUAAUAAUAGUUGUAUUCCACCAAAUACUAGUCAGACUCACAGCUACAAUUUGGAAGGACUAACAGCUUCCACAUCCUUGUCAUAGCUUGGAAAUUUGGUGGGGCUAUUUAUUUUCUAACAAACAACAUUACACUGUGCACAACAAAUCAACAACACAUAACAUUAAGGCUAUCAACACAGAUCAGGUUAAACCAAACCCUGAAUACCAAAUAUUUAACAAACAUGUGCGUCCUCAUAACGAUAAAAUUAAAAAAAUGCACAAUAUAUAUAAAAUAAAAUAAAAUGUAAGAAGAUUAAAUGAACUAACAAAGCAAACACAACAAUAGUGCACAUAUGUAGCCAAACUACCUUACAGUGUCACGGUGUUGAGUGAUACAUUUGGUGAUUUAGUAUGGUCUUAUUGCAUGAUCUGUAUCUGUCCUUUUUUAUUUAUUUGGUUGUAUAUUUAUGUUUAUUUCAAUCUAUUUAUAUGAUAGUUAACUUCCGUGUAGUUAUAUUUUUUACAUUCCUCUUAUUUUUUAUGGAUAAACGUGUAAGUUGCCUCCAUCUCCCACAAACCCUCCAAAACGAAGUAUCGCGAGACUCAAACAUAUCAACGCGUCUGCGGCUGCGCAACAUCAUUCGAAAAUUUGCACGGUGAGCGACGCCGUGGAGGAGAGAGAGAAAGACCAAGCGGCGGACAAAAAAACACACAAUGGCGACGGCGGCGACAACGGCGGGCGGAACGGGCUCAGGCGGACCGGCCACCGGCCCGGUCGGCGGCGGGACCGCAGUGGGCCGAAAGAAAGACGGUGGCCCUUCUACCAAAUUCUGGGAGAGCUCGGAGACCGUGUCCCAGUUCGAGACGGUGCGGCAGUGGAUCGGCAAGCACUACAAGAAGUCUGUCCAGAAUGACUCUCCAUCCAGUAAAUCCUUGGCGGGUCUGGUGGUCCAGCUGCUGCAGUUCCAGGAAGACACAUUUGGUCGCAGGGUCAACAACUCUGCUCUCACCAAGCUACCUGCCAAGUGUUUCCUGGAUUUCAAGGCAGCUGGUGCUCUCUGUCACAUCUUGGGAUCGGUCUACAAAUUCAAGAGCGAGCAGGGCUGGCGUAGAUUUGACCUGCAGAAUCCUUCCCGGAUGGACAGGAACGUGGAAAUGUUCAUAAAUGUAGAGAAGAACUUGGUCCAGAACAACUGCUUGACUCGACCGACCGUCUUCCUGUCGCCGGACAUCGAGCAGAAACAAGCCAGUAAGCUCAAAGACAUCAUCAAAAGGCACCAGGGCUCCAUUACGGAUGACAAGUCGAAGGCCACCCACCACAUUUACCCCACUCCAUCCCAACAAGAAGAAGAAGAGUGGCUUCGUCCCGUCAUGAGGAAAGACAAGCAGGUGCUGGUCCACUGGGGUCUCUCCCCAGACAGCUAUGAUACCUGGGUGUCAGUCAGCGAGGUGGAUGGAGAAGUGGAGGACCCACCCGACACCGACAGACCAUGGAAGGUCCACGCCAAGUGGGUUUUAGACACGGAUGCCUUCAACGAGUGGAUGAAUGAAGAAGACUACGAGGUGGAUGACAACAAGAAGCCAGUCAGCUUCCGCCAGAAGAUCUUCCCCAAGGAGGAGGAGUCUUCCCGUACACCCGAUCGCAAGGAGCGCAAGGCCAAUUCUGCCAGCAGCAAGAAGAGGAGGCGUUCGCCUUCGCCGCCCAGCACGCCGGCCGAGUCCCGCAAGAAGGGAGGAAAGAAGGGGAACCAGGGGCCUCACUGGAAGCGACGGGGCCACAGAGGCGAGGAGGAGGACACGGAGGAGGACAUAACCAAGGACUUGGACGACUCCUCGGCUGGAGCCAGCAUCGAGGAGGGAAGCGUGUCCAAGAAUGCCAAUUCAAAGAAAGACAGUGAGAAUACUCCAGUGAAAGGAGGGAAUGUGGCCGAUAUGGAUGACAUGGAGGACGACUCCGUGCUGUCUGGUGGAAAGGACGAUGAGGAGCAGAGCAAAGCCGAAGUCAACCGGCUGAUGGACAACAGCGAGGACACCGUGACGGAGCAGACUCACCACAUCAUCAUCCCCAGCUACGGCGCCUGGUUUGACUACAACUGCAUCCAUGAGAUCGAGAGGAGAGCCCUGCCCGAGUUCUAUAACGGAAAGAACAAGUCCAAAACUCCAGAGAUAUACCUGGCCUACCGCAACUUCAUGAUCGACACGUAUCGGCUCAACCCUCAGGAGUACCUCACCUCCACCUCCUGCCGCAGGAACCUGACCGGAGAUGUCUGCGCCAUCAUGAGGGUUCACGCCUUCUUGGAGCAGUGGGGUUUGGUGAACUACCAGGUCGACUCCGAGAGUCGCCCGUUACCCAUGGGCCCUCCGCCCACGCCCCACUUCACCGUGCUGGCUGACACCCCGUCUGGCCUCAUGCCCCUGAACCACAGACCCCCACCGAUUCCCCCCCAACAGCCAAUGCCCAACUUCGCAGACAAAGGCAAAGAGAAGUCCAUCGACCUGCAGAACUUCGGCCUCCGCACCGACCUUUACAAGAAGAACUUCAAGGGUAAACUGGUCAACUCCACCAGGGAUUGGACCGAGCAGGAAACUCUCCUGCUGCUGGAGGCGCUGGAGAUGUUCAAAGACGACUGGAACAAAGUGUCCGAGCACAUCGGUUCGCGCACCCAGGACGAGUGCAUCCUGCACUUCCUGCGCCUUCCCAUCGAGGACCCGUACAUGGAGAGCACCGAGGCCUCCCUGGGCCCUCUGGCCUACCAGCCCAUCCCCUUCAGCCAGUCUGGGAACCCCGUCAUGAGCACGGUAGCCUUCCUGGCCUCUGUGGUCGACCCCAGAGUGGCGUCUGCUGCCGCUCGGGCAGCUUUAGAGGAGUUCUCCCGUGUGCGCGAGGAGGUGCCGACUGAGCUGGUGGAGGCUCACGUGAAGAAGGUGCAGGAAGCGGCCCGCAGCACGGGGAAGGUGGACCCCGCCUUCGGCCUGGAGAGCAGCGGCAUCGCUGGCACCGCCCCCGAAGAACCCGAAAGGACCGAAGCCCCGGAGGCAGAGAAGAUGGACACGGACACGGACUCCCAGCAGGCCGAUAAGGCGGAGUUGAAGGACGAGGCCGAGAAGCCCAGCGAGUCCGCGGAGAAGAGCGACAAGACGGAGGCCGUGGACAAGGUGAAGAAGGAGGGGUCGGAGCGCGAGGAGGAGAGCGAAGAGGGAGGGGACGCAAAGACGAUUCCAGCCGGUAACGACAAAGAAAAGGAAGAGUCCAUGGAGACGUCGCCCUCCGAGAAGGAGAAGCAGGAGAAGGCGGCCGUCGACGAGGAAGACGAGAAGAGGAAGAAGCUGGAGCACGAGAUCGGAGAGGGGAACAUCGCCACCGCGGCCGCCGCCGCCCUGGCGUCGGCCGCCACCAAGGCCAAGCACUUGGCGGCAGUGGAGGAGAGGAAGAUCAAGUCCCUGGUGGCGCUGCUGGUGGAGACCCAGAUGAAGAAGCUGGAGAUCAAGCUGAGGCACUUCGAGGAGCUGGAGACCAUCAUGGACCGAGAGAAGGAGGCGCUGGAGCUCCAGCGGCAGCAGCUUCUCACCGAGCGCCAGGCCUUCCACAUGGAGCAGCUCAAAUACGCCGAGAUGAAGGCGAGGCAGCAGAUGGAGCAGCAAGCCGCCACCCAGGCUCAAGGGCAGGGGCAGCAGGCUCCCGGAUCCGGACCCCACUCCGGGCCACCUCCAUCGGGCAUGCACCCCGGAGGGCCCCACCACGGAGGGCCCCCCCCGCCCAAUGGCGGCAUGCACCCCGGCUACCCGCCGAUGGGCCCUCACCACCCGAUGGGCCCUCACCACCCCGGACAGACAGGACCGAUGGGGCCGAUGCCGGGACGCAUGAUGACCGGCCCGCCUUCUGGCGGCCCCCCCCCCGGUGGCAUGGCUCCCAUGAUGCCCCCCCGCCACCCCGGAGCGCCCAACGGCAUGUACCCCGGUCCUCCAGCUGCUCAGGCUGAAGCGGUGCCUCCACUUCCUCUGGGUCCUCCAGCGCCCGCGAGUGGACGAGUGGCUGACAACUAAGACACACACACACACACACACACACACACUCUCUGAAGCUCUUUUUUCAUCCCUUUGCUGCUGGCUCGUCAUGUUUCCCCUCAACACUCAAAACUACAGUUAACUCUAUCAUCACACACUCAGGGUUCAGUGGCAAGGGUAACCCAAUUUCACUCACACACACACACACACACACACACAUCCAGACUUCCUCUCAGGGCGCAGCGGAAAGGGUCGUCGAGUAAUGAACACUGCUUUCUGCUCUCUCGGGCCACGCGGAGGCCGGAGAGAACGACUCGUGUACAGAAAACAAAACGAGCUCUCUUUCUCACCUUCUCUUUCCUACGCUGUUUUUAAAAUUACACUGUAACCCCCCCCCCUCUUCUCCCCCUCUCACCUCCCUCCUGUCAUUGUUACACAGAAACACACACCUCCUCUUGUCUGGUGCCUCUUUCUGCAAGCCGAGCUCUAGGGGGAGCUAGUGAGACCAGGCCUGGGUGGGUGUGUGUGUGUGUGUGUGUGUGUGUGUGUGUGCUGAACAACCUGAGCUGUAACACACCUACCUCUUCCUCCUCUUAUACACUGUAGUUCUGUGUGUGUUCAAGGGGGGUGGGGCUUCAUCAUGUUCAUCAUGUUUUUCAAGAUGUAAACGAUGUAGUUUCCUCCUCCGUCCCUUUGACCAAAACAAAGAUGGCGGGGUGGAGUUUUUUUGCCAAAUUAGACAGAAUUUGUUUCCCUUGAUUUAAUAUGAAAGAAAUUAGGUUGAAGUUGUCUUAAUUUCCAACACAUUUCCCGAUGAAACCAAAACCGACGUGUGUGUGUCCGUCUGGUGUCACUUCUCCGUGGCUCUCGACCCCCCCGUUGGUUUUUUUUAAGGCUCGGUGAUUUCCUAAAACAGCUGGUUGCUGUAAUUUUAAACGACGCCUUGGUUGGGGAAUAUUUUCGGUGGCGGGUGAAUCAACAACAAUUUGAUAUUUACUCAAACCGAUCACGUGUUUGUGGUGACGAAGGAGCCGCCGAGGUCACGGCCGCUUCUGGUCCUUCGACCGGAUUUGUUGAGCAGAAAUAAUCAAUAAUAAGACCGGCCGUAUCUUUUAUAAAAGUCAACGCAAGAGACUCCUGCCGCGCACUAACCACAGCACUAUAACACACACACACACACACACACACUCAGCCUUUACAGAUGCGGCUCGACUGAAGCGAAAGAACACGAAUGAAGCUCCUCCUCGGCGCGUCAGGCUUCUCGAUGUUUUUUGAUAAUGUAGCAGAGACCCCCCUCCCUCCCCGCCCCUACACCGUAUCCCCCUCCUCUUCCUCCUCUGCUCCUGACGCCUCGUGCUGCCCACCCCGCUCACCUCACAGGUGUUUCUUUGCUUUUCGGAGGACACGAAGCUCAACCCUCCCUCCGGUGUGUCGGCUCGCGGUUUUUAGUCCCAUCGUUUUGCCCGUGUGACGUUUUUAAGAGAAGUCAACGAGGGGAACGACCACCACGCGCUUUUUAAAGAGCUGAAAUAAGUCGGUCGAUGAUCUAAUCGGGAGCUUUUUUUAAAUCCUUGAUUAGAUGAUCAGACUAUCCGCUGAGCUUCCUUGUCUUUAUGUGACCGGCCGGUUUCGGGGUGCCGGUCGGACAGAGAUGAACAUCUGAAGACUUUGAGGAACAUUUUAUUGACCGAGACGAUUUUUUUAAAUCAAUUGAAUUCUUUAGUCGUGAGAUUUAAAGCGGGAACCAGACAAUAUAAAUCUAGACGGUAGAUUUCCUCGUCAGCCGUGACUGUUCUCGGCGGGAAGGGAACGAGUCGUCCCUUUAACUCGUUUCCCCGGAAGCUGACGUGGCGCCGCGUCUCCCUUCAGUUUCGACGUGAAGCGUCUCCUCCGUUCGCAUCUCUGCUACCUCUUCCUCGUUCGUCCGCUGGCUACCUCUUCUAGAAGUCUUUCUCUUAGCUUCCUAUUUCCUUUCUUUCCAUCUCCUCCCUCCCUCCUGCCUUGCCCAUGUGACUGCUGCAUUACUGUUGCCCUCUUCACCCCCCCCCCUCCUUUCCCAUCCAACACCAUACCAAGGCUUGUUAUGUAAUGUCACCUUAAUAUGACGGGACCCCCCCCCCCCCAUUUACGUAUAUUAUCUUUAAUCGAUACUUCUUUGUGUUAUUGGUAAUGUAUUUUUUAAGGAGAAGUUUUGUGUAGAUGGAAGUUAUCUCUGUUUGGAAGUUUGUAGAAUUUUGUUUUUAUUUUAUUUUUUCUUUGUUUUUUUUGUAUGAGGUCUGUUGGUACUUGGACCUAAGACGCUGUCGAAUAAACUGUUUUGUAUGAG